AAAUGCAGGAGGCUCUGGAAUGGCUGAAGGUAUCGCUACAGGAAGUGUUGGAUGAUCUGGACGACAAUGGAGAUGAUGAGGAAGGCAUUGCCUUAUUGCCUCUCACUGCAUCUUGUAUACAGGCAAUGGAUAAUCCCACCUUUCUCCAGCUGCUCGAUAUAUUGUCCAUUGACAAACCAACAGAUCAGGAAACGUACUGGAGGAUACCUGGACGUUGGAAGGCAGCUGAUUUAACCAGACGAAUUGGUCUGAUAAAAGAUGCCCUGGAGGGGACAUUGCCUAAUGUUAAUCCUGAAGAUGUAGAGGAACAGGUCAAAUUUCCUGGUAUUCCAAGAGCCACACAGGAAUCACCUUCAGGAAAAAAGAAGAAGUUGACGAAAAAGAGACCCAAAAAAAUUACGAGAGAGGAUGGCAAUGAAAUCAGCAGAAAUUCUUUCAAUGAUUCUUCAUCAGAUUCAGAUGAUGAAAAAUCAGAUCGAAAACAUGUUUACAGUCAGUCACGUUCUGAUAAACACUUGCAGAGUGGAAGAAGACAGAGUGUUGAGGGUAGUCAUUCAGAAGAUGAGUCUGUUAAAAGUAGUGAGGGCAGAAAUGAAGACUUGAUAUCAGACAAAGAGAAUACUGAUGGGAACACAAGUAUUAAUGUGCCUAGAAAAAACUGUCAAGUGUCAAGUAAGGGGAAUAGUAACAAUCGGAGGAAUAAAUUAAUUAUAAACUCUGACUCAGAAAAUGAUGAAAUGAUUGUGACAAGUACCCAAAAAAGUGAUAUUCAUAGAGAAAAUAACAUAUCUUCUUCAAGAGUUAGCGACAGUUCAGAUUCAGAAACUUACAGCAGGACACUGAAUUCAAUCAGGAACUCCACAGCUUCAUCUAAUACAAGUGAAUCUAGGAUUGAUAGCAAAAGUUUAAGAAGAAAAAAGGCUAUUGAAUCUGAUUCAGAUGAAGACAGAAACACAGUAAAUUCAUCAAAAUCUCGUUUGUCAUCUCCAAAUGAAAAAAGCACCAAGAGUCAUCAAAAGGCUGUCAAGAGAAAAAGGCUUAGUAUUGAUUCAGAUUCUGAUGAUGAAAAUUCUAUUAAAAGUUUGGUUGUCUCUCCAAGUGAACAUGGCAAAAAGAGUCUAAACAAAAGUUCUGGUAAGAAAAAAAAGCGCACCAUACAGUCAGAUUCUGAUGAUGGACAUUCUACAUCGAAUUCUACCAAAACAUCAGUUGUAACUUUGAGUCAACAAAGCACAAAAAGUAGAAGUGAAAGUUUUGUAAAGAACAGGUCUGAUUCAGGUUCAGAUUCUGAGGAUGGAAAUUCAACGUUGAAUUCAACCAAAACUUCAGUUGCCAUUUCAAACCAACAAAGUAUAAAAAGUCAAAGUGCAAAUUCUAUCAAGGUGACUACACACAAUUCAGAUUCUGAGGAUGGAAAUUCAACUAAAACUUCAGUUGUAACUUCGAGUCAACAAAGCACAAAAAGUAGAAGUGAAAGUUUUGUAAAGAACAGGUCUAAUUCAGAUUCUGAGGAUGAAAAUUCAACGUUGAAUUCAACCAAAACUUCAGUUGCCAUUUCAAGUCAAAGAAGCAGUAUCACUCAAGAUGGCAUUGUUAAUGAAAGGAAAAGAUCAAGUAUUGAAUCUGAUUCUGAAAAUGAAAAGAAUUUUACAUUAGCAUCAACAAAGUCUGAAAUAUCUUUACCAAGUCCCCAACACAACACCAUAGUGAAGAGGAAAAGAAUUAGUGUUGAGUCAGAUUCUGAUGAAGGAUCAAAUACUGCAAUAGAUUUUCCAAAUUCUCUAGAAAUUCCAGAGAAUGGAGCAACAAAUGGUCAGAUUACUUCAGAAUCCGAAGAAGAGAAUUGUGAAACUAAAUCAGACAUUAUAAAUACAAACAAGUCAGUAGUUGUAGUUAAUAAGGAACAUUCAGUAAAGAGGAAAAGGCUAAAGAUUGAUUCGGAUUCAGACUGAAUUUGCCUAAUAUAUUAAAAUGUAGUUUAGUCAGUGAAAAGGUAAUCGUUGAAUUUAUUUAUUAAGAACAUGUAUUUGGUAAAUUUGUCAUAUUUUAGUGGUUGCCAUUAGUUUUAGUUCAUAAUUUUAUUAGAUCUGAAAUACUUAUGUGAUGACUGAUUUCACAUUGUUUUAGUCCUUUGAAAGGAUAUUUUUUAAUUAACGGAAGUAGUUGUUUUUAUACUCAGCCAUAAAAUUAAACUAACUUAAACUGGUUUAAUAAAAAUCUUGAAAACCUAUUCAUGAUUAUGAAUAGAUGUCUUACCAGACGUCGAGCUAUAUUUCACAGUUCAAAAGCUUGUUAUGAAGUUCUGAUAAUAGUCAUAGACAUUGUGCAUAUGAUGUUAUUUUAUAUGCUAAAAAUUAAAGUGACUCCAAUAAAAUUAAUGAUUUAAUAACAUCACUUUUCUUAACAACUAGUUUCAUUUCAGACUUCAAUAAUUAGGCUACUUUUAAUUCUGUAAUUUUUAUCAGCUGAAAUCAACUGUUAAAACUAUUUCAGAUAGUUAUUGUAGAAUUGUGGUAUUUUAAUGUAGAAUUCAGACAGACAAGGUGUGAGUGAGCCAAUGAAUGUUCAAGAACAAUGUGUUGAUUACAGUAUUUUUAAUCUUAAGUGUAACCUUUAGAGUACAUUUUCAUGCCACAUUGUAGCAUAGUUAAGGUUUAAUUCUUCAAUAAAAUCAUGAUUACAUCUUAAAAACUGUAAACACUAAAAUAUGUUGAAGUUUUAUAUUUAACUUCAAACAGAGAAAGGAUAUAAUCCAUCCAACAAAACCAUAUGGUUUUUAUGCAUUUUUAUAAACUUUUUAUGUAUAUUUCAGACAAUCCGGACUCUACUGUGAUCAUAUAUUUACAUUAUAGGUUCCUUACUUAAGCCCAGGUAACUUUAUAGUAAGCAAACUGAUUCCAUGCACAAAUUUAUUAUGUUAUUGUGCUACAUGAUACUUUGGUUCUACUCUUGAAUUAUUAUGUAUAUCUGUUUUUGUGUGAUAUAAGUUUAUCGAUGUCAGUUGUAAUGUUUGUAAAUAGAAAUUGUUACUAUUAUAAAAUAUCUUAAAUAAACUAUGAAUAUGUAUUUUAAUAA